AUGGCCCCUGCUAACAGGGCUGUUGUUUUGGUAGCGCUCUCACUACUCUACCUGUCUCGGGCAAUCUUCUCCACCGAGUAUUUCUCCACCCUGACUUUGUUCAACAAUGAGCUCCACAAGCAGGGAUGCAGCUCGCUCUCCGAGUGGGAAGAAUACGCGGCUGACUGCGAGUCCUCAAUUUUACAGUUGGAGGACCCAGACUGUGAGGAGGGAAGCAACCCACCCUGCGAGUCAGUUUUCUCACUUAACGCAGAGAAGAUCCUGAACCAGGCCAAGUUGUUUAUAGAGCAGAAGAAAAUCCCCUUCCCUGUAGAUAACCACAACACAAAUGAAGAACUUGCUAUAGGCUACGUUCUGAUAGGCAACGGUCUUUAUGAUGAAGCCAUCAAGCAUUUCUCACUCUUACUACAGGGUGACCCAGAGCUCGUCAGUGCCAUAUAUGGGAGAGGGAUAGCUUAUGGAAAGAAAAGUCUGCAGGAUAUAAAGAAUGCUGACUUGGCACUGUAUGAGCUCAACCGAGUCAUCACCCUCGAGCCAAACUGGCCGGAGGUCUACGAACAGAGAGCAGAGAUCCUGUCUCCUCUGGGUCGUAUCAGCGAGGCUCUGGGUGAUCUGACCAAAGCCAUCCAGCUGCAGCCCUCGGCCCGACUCUUCAGACACAGAGGAACGCUGCUUUUCAUUUCAGAGGACUAUGUGGCAGCUAUGGAAGACUUCCAGCAGUCUUUGGAGCUGAAGAAGAAUCAGCCCAUCGCUAUGCUUUAUAAAGGCCUCACCUUCUUCCACAGAGGCAUGCUUAAAGAAGCCAUUGAGACAUUCAAAGAGGCAUUAAAGUUGAAGUCUGACUUUAUAGAUGCAUACAAGAGCCUAGGACAGGCCUACAGAGAGCUGGGGGACUUUGAGUCAGCAAUGGAGAGUUUCCAGAAAGCCCUCAUGUUGAACCAGAACCACAUCCAGUCUCUCCAGCUCCGAGGAAUGAUGCUGUACCACCACGGCUCGCUGCAGGAGGCCAUAGGGAACUUCAAGAGGUGCCUUCAGCUGGAGCCUUAUAACGAGGUGUGUCAGUACAUGAAGGGGUUAAGUCAUGUGGCCAUGGGGCAGUUCUAUGAGGGCAUCAAAGCUCAGACUAAAGUCAUGUUGAACGAUCCUCUCCUGGGUCAGAAGGCCAGCUCUGAAUACCUCAAAGUGAAAUACCUCAGAGAGUACUCUCGCUACCUGCACUCCCACCUUGACAUCCCAGUAGCCGAGUACAACGUGGACCAGGAUUUACCGGGGAACUUCAAGAAUCACUGGGCCAAGAACCUGCCUUUCCUAAUAGAAGACUAUGAAGAACAGCCGGGCCUGCAGCCACAUAUCAAGGACGUGCUGCCACAGAACUUUGACAGCUACAGCAGUGAAGUUCAGAAGCUGAUAUGCACAGCCGACCAUCUGGGGGCGCUAAUGCAAUAUGACACUCCGGGUUUCUUACCUAACAAGAGAAUACACAGAGCCAUGGGUUUAGCAACCCUGGAGGUCAUGCAGGCCAUGCAUCGAACAUGGAGCAACUCCAAAGUGCGAGUCAACGGCAAGACCAGGCAGAUGCAGUGGAGAGACAUGUUUGAUAUAGCCGUUAAAUGGAGGAGGAUCGCCGAUCCAGACCAGCCAGUCCUGUGGUUAGACCAGAUGCCUGCCAGGAGUCUCAGUCGAGGCUUCAACAAUCACAUCAAUCUCAUCAGAGGACAGAUUAUCAACAUCAGAUACCUGGCUUACUUUGACAACAUCCUCGACUUCAUCAAAGACAGAAUACUUGUGUACCACGGGGCCUACAACCCCAGAGGCUUACUAGAAGUCCGUCAGGCUCUUGAAAAUGUCAACAAAGUAGAAGAUCUUCUUCCUAUAAUGAAGCAGUUUAACAGUAAAACCAGAGAUGGCUUCACAGUCAACUCCAAGGUGCCGAGCAUGAAGGAUACUGGGAAAGAAUACGAUGGUUUUACUAUCACCAUUACUGGAGACAGGGUGGGCAACAUGUUGUUCUCAGUGGAGACCCAGACGACGGAGGAGCGGACACAGCAGUACCAGUCAGAGAUAGAGUCCAUCUACAAAGACCUCACAGCUAAAGGAAAAGCAUUAAUGCUGUCCACUGAGCUCGGGGAUGCAGAUGCCUUGUGUAACCUGAUCCUCUCCUUGGUUUAUUACUUCUGCAACCUCAUGCCCCUCUCCAGAGGAUCCAGUGUGGUGGCGUACUCGGUCGUGAUGGGGGCACUGAUGGCCAGUGGGAAAGAGGUCAUCGGUAGGAUCCCUAAAGGAAAGCUGGUGGAUUUUGAAGCCAUGACCACACCCAGUCCAGACAGCUUCAGUAAAACAGCAAAGAGCUGGAUGAAUCUGAAGAGUUUACCGAGCUGGUACCAGAGUCUUCCAUCUGUAGCAGAGACCUUCCCGUCGACCAGAACGAUGAUCGAGGUUCUCAAUACAGACUCGUCUUCACACUGUCCAAAGAAGUCUUAACACAGCUUCUACGCAGGAGAGAAAUCUGUUCAAUAAAGUCUUAAUAUUAAUAAUAAUAAUAAUAAUAGAGCUUCUACACUGGGCAGAACAAAGGGACUGUCUUCUUCUGCAGCCCAAACACAACUGGACUAAAAAAAUUUAUCUCCGCUUUAGUGUUUAUUGUUUAAAUUUUGAGAAAGAAAAUCAUCGAGCUGCUUGACACAUUUGGGGAGAGUCUGUUUCCCCUACGCCCUGAGGCUUUUCCUCUGAAGUGAUGAAUCUGUUUUAUUUUAUUUUAUUGUAGUAUCCCAACACUUCUCCAGAUCCUGCUUCGUUUGCAGGAUAUUUCAGUUAGUUUGGGAUGCAGAAGUGAUUCUGUCCACCCUCUCUCUUUCUCUGCUUUAUAGGCCUCACGCUGAAACACCCAAAGCACAAACUGCAUCUCACGAACCAUCAGCAUGAACAAUCUUCCACUGCAUAGACAUGCCGAAAUCCCUAGUUUUAGAUUAGCUAGAAUGUUAAAUUGGAUCUUAAUUGUUUAACUUUUGGAUCAAAGUUUUUAUUUAACAUUGAAGAUUGUAAUUGGCACUUUAAACUUUUUUUUUGUUUAACCACUGCUGUGCUCACUCACAGUCCAGCCUAUCAGCAGAGAGGGAGUUCAGGGAUCUUAAAGAAAUGAAACAAAAACCUUCAGGGCUAUUGAAUUCCACUCGGGAUACUUGAAGCAGUCUCUUUUUUUAUUUUUGCUUUCUCAACACUUGCAGGAAGGGUCGCUUCUCUUUUCGGGUAUUGAACCCCACUUCCUUUUAAUGUGACCAAUAAUGGGCUGGUGGAGAGACGAGUUGGCUGCUGAACUAAAAUGACAGUCACGGUCAGAGAUUUUAGAGAAGUAUCAGACCCAGUUGUUUGUUUUUUGCUGAAAAGAUUCAGUCAGUUAAACAGUUUGUUGAUCGACAAACUAUAUCAUUUGCGUGAUUUUUCAACCAAAAAUACCGAAAGAUUUCUGGUUCAAGCUUCUCAAAUGUGAACAAAUGUGAGUUAUUUCUGCUUUUCUCAGUUUUAUAUCAGUGUGAAUUGAAUAAAUGUCCCUUUUUUUUGGAGACAUUUUCUCUUAUUUAAAUAUUUUGUUGAGUUUUCUUUAUAGUUUUUUUUUUUUACCAUUUGACAUAACAGGAAAAGAGAAGAAAACAUCAGAUUAUUAAAGCAGAAUCAAUAUUGAUAACAGUGCACAUCAACUAGUUACUAUAGGCAGUAGAUACAUGUAUGUCUCCGUCUCCGUCCGUUUAUGGAAAAAGAAGCAACAAAAACCCAGUUAAAGACAAAAAAAAAUAAAACAACAACCAACAGUUUUCUGAUAUUUUAUAGACACAUUGAUCACUUUUUUCUUUUAGAAUUAAUUUGUAAUGGAAGUAAAUGAUCAGCUGCGGCCCUUACCCAUCUGUCUCCUCCAACCAAAGUGAAUGAAAAGUAAAAACAACCUGGUUAUUAUAUUGUAGUGAGAUUUAAAGCAGUGAAACUAUACUUUUUCCAUUUUAAAGUUCUUUUAUUUGAUUUAAUCUCACCUUUAACAUAUAAGACAUAAAAAAAUUGAAAACUUGAGCAACUCUAAUAGAAGCUAAAAAAUUUAAACUCCUGAACGUUCUCUCAUAUCUCUGACUGUUGGAUCUUGUCAAGGAUUAAUUACAGAUGAGGAAAAGCACAGCACAUACUGUUAUUUCCUUUGUUAACAUUCCUUAAGAUGGCAUCGAAUGACAUCUGUGUCUUUUCUUUGGGUUUCCUCAACAUCUCGUGCUUGUAUAAGAUCUUCUUCAUAACAACUCACAGCAAUAAUUUGGGAGAAAAGAGCCCAUGUCCCUUUUUUUCCUCCUACAUAUGUGACCGAGUCUUGUCAAGCUCAUGGAUAUCUGGGGAAAAAAUUGAAUAAUGAGAUCUCAGAAAGUUUUCUCUGUAGUGAAAGUUUAUUAGUUGAAAGUUUGAGCCUCACCACGUUUUGUUAGUUGAAUUUCUCUAGAUCUCUUCAAGCUUGACAAGAUUGAAUUCUAGCUGCAAAAAAUGAACGACUAAGUAGAUUUUUAGUAAAAAAAAAAAAAAAAAAAACAUUUCAUGGAAAUUGCAUGUGCACAAAUACAAAUCAUCAAACUGAUGGUGUUUAUUGUUUUCUAGAAUUUGUUCUGAUCUGGCAAAUGGGGUGAACCUGUGAAGGAAGUUUUGAUGUGACGUUUACAUGCAGCAACCUGAUGAAACUAAAUACUUGAGUGUCAGAUAUUGAGGCAAGUGUGCAUCCAGCUGCUGUCUCUGUUUUUAAUGACUCCUCAAUGGAAGUUUAAGCACAAGGAGAAAAAAGGGUCAGCAGGUAAUUCACAUGACAUUAUCUAAAAGCGUUUGAACAAAUUUCAUUUUUCAAAUUGCAGCUUUUAUGAUUUAGAGGCCUUUAAAUAAUCAUCCCUGAAUGUCCAGUUUACUGAUUUUGUCAUUAAAUUAGUUCAGUUCCUGCAUCACUGACAGUGGAUGGCCUACACUUGUUUUGCUUUGUGUCUCUUUUUCAUAUCAAUGAUUAUGCCGACUGGUUGUCAUUUUAUUUUAUUUUUUUGCACUCGGUGACCCAGUCAUGAAGUGGUGCGGGGGAGCGAGGAGUGCACAACCUAUCUUAAAGCUUAAAACUUGAAGGAGGGAAUUUUUUUUAAUGAAUGAGUGAAUGAGAGUUCAGCAGUCAAUAAAACUGGUUGACAAUUUUA